UAAAAGAGGAAUAGGGAAAGAGAAGGAGAGGGAGAGAGAGCGAGAGAGGGAGGGAGAAAGAGAGAGGUGAAGCAGCAUCAUUUUAACCCUUUCUGCAAGGAAUGUCAAGCGCAGAUGGUAAAAAUUUGUCUCUCGCACAUCAGGAAAGGACAGCCAUCUCACCAGUCGCGUCUGCGUCAAACAAAGAACUGCUUUUUCCACAAGGACUUUCUUCAGCAGAGAAAGGGCAGAGAGAGGGUGGUCUUCACAGGAUAAUGCACUUUCAGCACACGCACUGAGGAGCUUACUGAAAUGAUGAGCUGCGCUCGGGAGCUUUAAAUCAGCUGUGUAGGUGCUUUUUGGGAAGAGCCCCUAACUUUAUGCGCUAGACAUGUUUGGAUACCGUAUAUAAAUACAAACAGAACGGAAUUUGCCGCUCCUGGACCUUCACGGGUAAUUUCUUCACUAGAAGCCAUGGCAGCAAACCCUGCCUUCCUCGUCCUCCUCUGUCUGAUUGGCUGCAGCACUUCCGAGGGUACUGCUCAGGAAGAAAUCCCACCUCCUCCUCGUGGCUGUGGCUCCAGCAUCGCACCUGCCUACCGGGUCCUGUGUGAUUUAGAGUCAGUGUGGGGUGUGGUUUUGGAAGCGGUGGCCUGCGGAGGUGCAAUUACAGCCAUCGUUCUCGCCACGCUGCUCCUGGCAAAGCUGAAAAUGGUCACGGAGCAGGAACGCCGCUGUGGCGUGGGGCCUCUUCUCCUGCUGUUGCUGGGUAUCGUGUGCCUCUUUGGCCUUUCCCCAAUUUUUCUAGUUGGCCGCGGUGAGGUGCUGUGCGUGGCCCGCCGCAGCCUGUGGGGGUCGCUGUUUGCGCUAUGUUUCUCCUGCCUGUUGGUGCAGGGGGUGCGACUGCGAAGGCUAGCAGCCGGAAAACGGAGCCCUGCAGGGAGUUCCCUGUCCUUAUUGGCUCUGGGGCUCACCAUGGUGCAAGGUAUGUUGGCCGGCGAGUGGCUGCUGCUCACGGUGGCUCGUGAGGGCCGGGCCGCGUGCGACUAUCUGCCCUUGGACUUCACCCUGGCAGGAAGCUAUGCGUUGGGCCUGUUGCUGGCCGCCACAGGGCUUUCACUCAGUGUGGUGCUUUGCGGCGGAAGGGGCAGCGAGGACGCAAGCAAGAGACGGGGGCGUAAGUGGAGGUGCAACGGCGUGUGGCUCUUCCUCACCUGCCUCUCUUCCCUUCUUCUGUUGGUGGGCUGGCUCACGUUCUAUAUCUAUGGCAAUGCGGCCAUUGCGACCAGAGCGUUCCAUCUCCGUGGCAAAAAGACGACGGACUGGGACGAGCCCGCACUCGCUGUCGCCUUGGUGACGGUUGGCUGGGCACUGCUGUUGUUCCACGCUAUACCAGAAACGCACCUGUGCCUGAGGCCGGCUGCUGGUCAGAGGAGCGAGGAGGCAGGGCAGGAUUCCUACUACGAUGCGCGCCAACCUCCCACAACGACGCAGGGUUACCAUGAUGACGAGGCCCCAACAGCCAAUCACAGGACAGCUUAUGCAGAAAGGCAGGCAUUCACCGUGGAGGAGCAGCACACUGCAGCUAUACAGGCUGGGGGGUACCAUGCUGGAGUAAUCAGGCCCACGCUUCCCUUCCGCAGCCAUGUGUACCAGCCCACUGAGAUGGCCCUGCUCAUGAAUGGAGGAACGAUUCCCACUGCCCCCCCAAACUACACCGGAAGGCACUUGUGGUGAAACCAGCCAGCCAUCGAAAAACACAGCUCACCUGUCACCGGACAAAAAGCACCUUAGAUGAUGUCACAUAGUUGAAGGGUAUGGAAAGAUGGUCCCGUGGUGAAGUAAUAGUACUCUUCAAGCCAUGCCCAAGCUUUCAUGUAAUAUUGUAAUAAACGACUUACCUGAACGUCAGUGGUGUUUUCAGUGUUGAUGAGGCGAUGAUUUUUGCACUGGUUAGUCAAAGUCACUUUCGGUCAGUGACAGACAAGAUGACUAAAGGUACUGUACUAUUGUCAGCUAUCCAGUAACGCCUGUCUUCUAUUACCUACCACGCACUAUUUGAGAUACAUUUACCAAUAAUUCUUUAAAUAUUUGGGCUACAUUUACCAAUAAUUUAAUAACGUAAUAAUAAUAUUCAAUAAUAUUUUAAUAAUAAUUUAUAUUCUAAAGAAGAACUUCUUUUUUCACUUCUCAAA